AUGGACAUUUUCCAAGCGGUGCCUUUGCAUCUGCAAAUCCCUAGGAUUGAAAUUCCCAAAAUGGCAUCUGCAGCAUCGACUCCAUCAACGAUGUCUUCGUCACAGACUUGGAGCAGUUCACGCCCACAAGUUCCGAUCAGUUACCAGCAGUUGCGCAAGCUUAGUGAGUGGGGUAUUGAGGCUUUGAAGGACACUUCGCCGACUGUUGUAGGCCAAGAUCGCUUUGAAUCACAGGAGAUUCUGAUUGAUAACGAUUACAGAACUGAUUUUCUGAACUCACAUGAAGAAGAUAGCCGAUGGAGUAAACAAGUAGAUUUGAUCAUGAAGCAGCUACCUUAUGGUGACCUGGAUGCCUUUGUUGAUGAAUUUCACUAUGAAAUCAUUUCCUCGCAACUGUUAACAAGCUCGAUCGCUUCUCAUCACCAGUUAUUUACUGUUCAGAAAUCAAUCCUGAACUUCAAUAAGGAAAACACCCUAUCGAUUCACAACGCUGAAGGAAAGACUAUACCUACAAAAUAUGGACAAUUGUUAAUUUCUGGAAAAAAAUUCUAUUUACAGAGAACAAUUCCAUACAUGUUCACCAUAUUGACGGCAAGAAAAGCUUUCCGUAAAAUGCUUUAUAAGAGACAUCUACCUAGAUCCUCUCUGAUGUCCUUAUUGAUGAUUGCUGUUUAUCUAGCUUUACAGCAAGAGUACUUCCAUGCAAAAUAUUCCAAAUACACUGCCCUUUUAAAUCUACGACAGAUGAAUGCUGCAUUGCAAUCUGUAGACAAAUUAAUCUAUCGUUAUCACCUGACUUAUAAAGAGCUGACUAUUUACAAACCAAUCGCAUUGACUGAAAAUCGUGGUCUACGUUCAGAUGAAGCCAGAACACUGACAUUACUAACAGAUGUCCUUACAUGUACAGUAGACCAGUUAUUUCACAAAUUGAACAUUGCAUCUAGUAACAUUUUGCCGGUUGUGAAUGCAGUUCAGUUAACUGAUUAUAUCAGUAUUUACAAUGUGGAUUUGCAAAGCCUAUAUCAAAUGAUCCGAACAGUGGAAAGUCUGGACAUUACACAAAAGUUGGAGAGAUUGCAAUAUAUGAGAAAGUUCUUUCUGUGCUGCUUACUUUCAAUAAACUACACUGAUCCACUGAAAAAGUGUGAGAUUGCAUUAGUCUUGAAGAGAAUUUUUCCUGGAUACCAUGUGGAAAAGACUUCCGACAUAGAGCGAUUUCAAAUAAUCUCGAAACAAUUAUACACAUUAACACAAGGUAUCUCAUCAUUGUUGCCCGUUUUGCAUCAUUACAAACAUUUACUUUUAUCCGUGUACGGAAGUACUAUUGAAAAAGAGGAUCCCGAAUCAAAGGAAGCUGUAAUAACCCAAAGUAUCUAUCGCUUGUCUGAAUUGCAGCGAUACUUGAUGAAACAGGACAAAACAUCUACCGAACUCUCUUCUCACCUGAUAGAUGAGUUGAAUGGAAUAAUACAAAUAUGGAAUAUCGACUAUAAACAUAACUCGCAUGAACAGUUGAAACCACCGAAAUGUUCUCCUCGGCCUUCCAGUCAGAGAGUUUUCAGCGGUGGACUCAAUCUUGAUAUCGUAAAGACGACCAGUGAUAUCCCCGUGGUAGUUGAUUCAUUUCCGAAACUCACUUCGCUAGUAGACGUGUUAGAAGUAGAUGAAACUGGGUCAGACAUUGAAAAAGAACAUGAGGAAUUGGUGUACGGUACUGAAAAUGAUCAAGAAACAGCUUCUAGCAACGACUCUAAGUUUUCUCGUUUUACAGACGACCAGUUAAGGCACGAAUUAAACCAACGAAUACUGAAUCUGUCAAUUGAAAAUAAGAAAAGUAGAGAAAACUUGAGAAAACAGAAAAGUUUUGAGCUGAUGAAUCGGAAAAUAGAAAAUCAGAAGAAGGGCAGGCCCCAGAUAGAUUGCAAAGGUCUUUUCAAUUCCGAAGAGAGUAUACCAGUACUUUUCGAACUAAAACAAUUUUUAAACAGAAGAAGUGAUUGA